AGGGUUUCUCUGUUUUUCAUAAAUGGACUCCAUAGCUACAUACAGGUCAAGAAGGUCUUUUGAGAAAUGGGUGGCGAUUGUGUUGACAGUUCUAGCUGUGGUUUCGCCUCUUUACGUCAACCAGAAGCCGAGUUAUGAACCAGAGCUCGAAGAGCAACCCAUGGACUUCACCUCGUGGUUGUUUCUACUGCUUCUGCUACUGGUGUUGGCCCUUGCUUUCUGGUUUUACUUGAAGCGGAGCUUUACAAGUUUCGACCGUCAUUGGAUUAGGCCGAGCAGAUAUUCUUCACAUGAGAGACUGGUGGCAAUAGGCUUGAUUGUCUUGGGUGUUCUUUCACCCCUUUAUAUGAACAAGGGAACCGUGAGUGAACUCGAACCUGAUGAGCAGCCCAUCAACUUCGGUUCUUGGUUGGCUCUUCUGCUAUUGAUAUUAAUCUUGGCCAUCGCUUUGUCGCUUUGCUGUGACGGAGGCUUUACGAGCUUCGAUCCUAACUGGAUUCAUAGAGUUGGUGGUUCUUCUGCUGGGAUCUUACUGCUGCUCUUGGUUCUUGCUGUUGUUUUGAAGUGUAAGACUUCUGGCACGAACUGAGAAGCUUGGUUAAAGUUGAAGAUCCUCUGUUUCAUAGUUUCAGGUAAUUAUAC